ACUUCCAAAUAAUUUUAAAAAAAAAACAUAUCUAACCCCAUGGGUUCUCUUGCAAAUCAAACACUCCCCACAAUAGCAUUCUCAUCCCAAAAUCUUGAAGUAGGAUCAUCUUCUUGGCUUUCCACAAGCAAACAAGUGGUUCUUGCACUUGAAGAAUACGGUUGUUUCAUCGCCACUUACCCCAACUUCUCUCCCCAACUCCACCACGCCAUCUUCCAAGCUUCCAAGGAGCUCUUCGAUCUCCCAACUCAUGUCAAAAUGCUCAACACUUCCGACACACCUUCCCACGGCUACGUCGGCCAACAGCCCAUUGUACCACUCUACGAAGGGCUAGGGAUCGAAAACUCCACCACCGAACAAGGCGUGGACCGCUUCACUACUCUCCUAUGGCCUUCCGGAAAUGAAACUUUCCGUGAAGCGGCGUUGGAAUACUCUAAGGUUGUGGCGGGAUUGGAUAAGGUGGUGAUGACGAUGGUGUCGGAGGUUUAUGGGAUAAGGAGUGCAUACGAAUCGUUAGUUGAAGCGACGUCGUAUCUUCUCCGUUUCAUAAAGUAUCUUGCUCCGGUGGGAGAUGAGGCUGGUUUAGGGAUUGUCCCUUGAUGAAGCCGCGAAUUUCUGAUGUUUGUAAAUGCUGGUAGAGAAUAAAGAUCACGACACAAUGAUUUUACGUGGUUCGAUUUACUGAAGUAAAUCUACGUCCACGGGAAGAAAAGAGGGCAGAGUUGUAUUGCUUGAUCUGGGAUUACAGCUUACAAUACACACUUGCUAUAUAAUCUAUUCUGUCUCUA